CUCUCGCCGUCUCUGUGGCGCCGCCAUCGCAGAAAAAAAAUGUUCAACGAGUUCAAUUUUCUGUUUCUGAUUUUGGUUCCAUCAUUUCUGCUGCUUCCUCUGUCACUGUCCGAGUUUGACUCCAUAGGACCUCUGCUCCAGCGCUUGGACUUCAAAAGGGCGCCUCCAUCUGUUCAAGAAGCUGCUGCUAAAGGUGUUUUGAGUAGAUUGCUUCCUACUCAUUUGUCCAGUUUCGAGUUCAAAAUUGUGUCUAAGGAUGCAUGUGGUGGAGACAGUUGUUUUCUGAUAAAUAAUUACAAUCAGUUGAGACAGAGCGGGCCUGAGAUAAUUAUUAGAGGAACCACAGCUGUUGAGAUUGCAUCUGGCCUUCAUUGGUAUCUAAAGUAUUGGUGUGGAGCUCACAUCUCAUGGGCAAAGACAGGUGGAAUUCAGAUAGCUUCAGUCCCAAAGCCAGGAUCACUUCCCCUUUUGAAAGAUGAGGGACUAAUAGUUAAACGCCCAGUUCCAUGGAACUAUUACCAAAAUGUUGUGACUUCAAGCUAUUCGUAUGUUUGGUGGGACUGGGAAAAGUGGGAAAAGGAGGUAGACUGGAUGGCACUUCAGGGGGUGAACUUACCCUUGGCAUUCACUGGGCAAGAAGCAAUAUGGCAAAAGGUUUUUAAGGAUUUUAACAUUAGUUCGGAAGAUCUGAAUAAUUUCUUUGGUGGACCUGCUUUUCUUGCAUGGGCUCGCAUGGGAAAUUUACAUGGAUGGGGUGGCCCUUUAUCUCAAAAUUGGCUAGAUCAUCAAUUGGCCUUGCAGAAACAGAUUAUCACUCGAAUGUUGGAGCUAGGCAUGACCCCAGUGUUACCAUCCUUCUCGGGGAAUGCUCCAGCUUCUUUGACAAAGAUAUUCCCUUCAGCAAAAAUAACUAGACUUGGUGACUGGAACACUGUUGAUGGGGAUCCUCGUUGGUGCUGUACAUAUCUUCUUGAUCCCUCAGAUCCUCUAUUUGUUGAAAUUGGGGAAGCUUUUAUCAGGAAACAAAUCAAAGAAUAUGGGGAUGUAACAGACAUCUAUAACUGUGACACAUUUAAUGAAAACUCCCCACCUACCGGUGAUCCAGAAUAUAUCUCAAAUCUUGGAGCCUCUAUAUUUAAAGCAAUGUCGAAAGGUGACAAGGAUGCUGUGUGGCUUAUGCAAGGUUGGCUCUUCUACUCUGACUCAUCAUUCUGGAAGCCACCUCAAAUGAAAGCACUUCUACAAUCAGUUCCAUCUGGGAAGAUGAUUGUUCUUGAUCUGUUUGCUGAUGUUAAACCAAUAUGGAAAUCUUCCUUUCAGUUUUAUGGUACUCCUUAUAUCUGGUGCAUGCUACAUAAUUUUGGUGGUAAUAUUGAAAUGUAUGGUAUUUUGGAUGCAAUUUCUUCGGGGCCUGUUGAGGCUCAUAUCAGUGCAAACUCAACAAUGGUUGGUGUUGGUAUGUGCAUGGAAGGAAUAGAGCAGAAUCCUGUUGUUUACGAACUAAUGUCUGAAAUGGCAUUUCGGGAGAAAAAAGUGCAAGUUCCGGAAUGGAUCAAGAGUUAUUCCCAUAGGCGAUAUGGUAAAGCAGUUCAUCAAGUUGAGGAGGCCUGGGAGAUACUGUAUCACACAAUUUACAAUUGUACCGAUGGAAUUGCUGACCAUAACCAUGAUUUUAUUGUAAUGUUUCCUGAUUGGGACCCAUCAACAAAUUUUGGAUCCAGUGUGGCGAACGAUCAGAAGAAAAUUUACUUCUUGCCACCUGGAAAUAGAAGAUACUUGUCCCAGGAAACAAACUCCGAUAUGCCACAGGCACAUUUGUGGUAUCGUCCCAAUGAUGUAAUCAAGGCAUUGCAACUAUUCGUUGCUGGUGGAAAGGAUCUUGCUGGAAGUCUCACAUAUAGGUAUGACCUGGUUGACUUAACACGUCAGGUAUUGUCGAAGUUGGCAAAUGAAGAAUACAUCAAGGCGGUUACUUCUUUUCAGAAGAAGGAUAUUGAUGCCUUGCACUUUCAUAGCAAUAAGUUCCUUCAAUUGAUUAAGGAUAUUGAAAUAUUGCUGGCAUCCGAUGACAACUUUCUUCUUGGAACAUGGCUUGAGAGUGCUAAGAAACUUGCAAGUAAUCCAAGUGAGAAGAAGCAGUAUGAAUGGAAUGCUAGGACACAAGUGACCAUGUGGUAUGAUACGAAUGAAACUACACAGAGCAAGCUCCAUGAUUAUGCUAACAAAUUUUGGAGUGGUCUCUUUGAAAGCUACUAUCUCCCACGAGCUUCAACCUAUUUCAGCUAUUUGUCUGAAAGCUUGAGGAGGAAUGAGAAGUUCAAGUUGAUUGAGUGGCGAAAACAAUGGAUUUUGCAGUCAAACAAGUGGCAAGAAGGCAAUGAGCUCUACCCAGUAAAGGCCAACGGAAAUUCUCUUGCCAUCUCCCAAGCUCUCUAUGAAAAGUAUUUUGCAAAAUAAUUUGGUUGACAAACCCUAAGAUUUGAUGUCAGAAAUGCAGAGAAUAAUAAGUAAUAUACAUUAUUGCUUUUUAUUUAUACUCAAGUAAUAUACGUUAUUGCUUUUUAUUUAUUUUUGUUCUAUGAAGGCUUGUUGCUUUUCAGCUGAA